CCUGUGUCAACAUCCCACUUCCAACGCACCAAUUAGACUAAAUGGCAUUCGACUUGCAAGCUAUCGCUUUCAUCUGCGGCAUCUUUCUACAUUUACUGCUGUUUUGCAGAGGUGAAUGGGAUCGACGUGCUCCUGCGGUCGUGUUGGCCUAUAGCUUACUAUGUACAUCGGUCUUCGCAGCCUUCGCGCUCGACACGAGUUACUCUAUCGUACAGUGCAUUGUUGGAACCUGCAAGGCCAGCCUUGCUCUGGUUGGCGGUCUUUGUACUUCUCUAGUCACAUAUCGCCUCCUGUUCCAUCCUUUAAGGACCUUCCCUGGUCCUCUUGCUGCACGCGUCUCCUCCUUCUGGGUUUUCCGAGAGCAAUGGCCAGAUCUGAGGUUCUACUUCAAGCUACGAAACAUUCACGACCGUUAUGGCGACUUCGUGCGCAUCAAACCGAGGGAGCUAUCGAUAUGUCACCCGGAUGCGAUCAACGACAUUCAUGGGCCAAGGAACAGGAUCCGCAAAGGCGAGUUCUAUGAACAAAUUCAUCCUGCGCACAGCCUGCAGUUCACCCGGGACCCCAACCAGCAUAAACAUCAGCGCCGGUACUGGGACAAGGCAUUCCAGACCAAAGCCCUACAGGAAUACUCACCGCGUAUCGUGAAGCACUACAAGAUCCUUAUGGGCAUCUUCUCCACCGAUGGUGCAUCCAGCGCACCUGUCGACGUCAGCAAACUUUUCAUGGACCUUUUCUUCGAUGUAGUGUCAGAUUUGACAUUCGGCGAAUCCUUCAACACGUUGACAACAGGGGAGCGAAACCCAAUCAUCGGAGAGUUUCUUGCAUAUCAACAAAGUGUCGGCUUUGUCAUAUUGAACAUGUGGAUGUUCCACUUGCUCAGAAGCAUACCCACGGUCGCAUCGCGUAUUCUCUAUUGGAUGCAAUGGUAUGCUAGCGCUGUAGCAAAGAGAAAUGAGAUGAAAGACACAUCGCCCGACCUGUACACGUAUUUGUCACAAUCGGACACAUUCGAUGUUGAUGGCAUUCACGAAGCUCAGCUGGCUAUCAUAGCAGGCGCUGAUACCAACGCAAUCACCGUUUCGAACGUCUGCUACCUUCUCUGUCAAUACCCAGAGUAUCAGAAGAAGCUUUAUGAGGAGCUAGCAGAUCUCCCGGUUCACGAGAAUGUGAUUGAGGAUCGACAUCUAUUAAGCCAAUCUUGCUUGUUGAGUUUAAUCAACGAAACAUUGAGGCUCUAUCCGCCAGUACCUGGCGGCCUCCAGCGUGUAACGCCGCCAGACGGCGCCACCAUCGCUGGCCGCUACGUCCCUGGGGAUAUGAUCGUAUCAACUCCCACUUAUGCGCUUCAUCGAGAUUCUCGAGUAUUCGUUCGACCAACUGAAUUCAUACCUGAGCGCUGGACUUCCCGGCCCGAACUCAUUCUGCGCAAAGAUGCAUUUGUUCCGUUCUCCUAUGGCGCCUACAAUUGCGCUGGGAAGCCUUUGGCAAUGAUGCAGCUACGUAUGGUCAUCGCGAUGGUGAUAAAGAAGUUCGAGCUGUCCUUUAUGCUGGAAAGAGAGGCGGAAUACGAGCGCUACAUUCAUGACCAAGCGGACUGCUUCACGUUGCAUCUCCACCCCCUGCCGCUCAUUUUGAAAGAAAGGACCGUCCGAGAGCAAGUCGCAUAUAAUUUCACGCGUCAAGAAGGGACAGAGUCGUGACUUCUUCCGGGGUACGCGGUGUUGAGAUAUCACUAGAAGCUACUUUCCAUGCUCUUUUCUCCUGCCACGGUCCGGAAGGCAACUGCGUGCUUCCCUUAGACUUCCUUUUCAAACGCUCAGUCAAAUUCAUUUUGGGUCGGAGUCGUUUCACAGGCUGUCAUGACACCAUGUUUUUACGCAUGAACCUAUCCACAGCAAAUUCGAC